AUGGAGGGCACUGUCGAGACGUUGGAUAAUGCGCUGUCGUCGAAGUACAAGGCCUCGACGGAUUAUGCCAAGCUUGCUGCAGGAAUGAAGGUUCCUUAUCUCAGCCAAGAUCCGCAUGAAACCUCUACUGUGAUCAACGGCCUCGAGGAAUGCAGCAAGAGGGGCAAGGGCCGCGGUGGGUUCAGUGCGAAGAAGACGAAGUACGCCGUUGCCUCGUCCCCAACAGGCAUCAUAGUCGACUCGUGGCGGUUUCAGGAGCACGACUACAAGCGCCGGGACCUGCCCACCUAUGCCCGCGGCCUGUUCACCACGAGGACCAAGCAAGGCGUUCCCGAGAUCGCCGUUCGUGGUUACGACAAGUUCUUCAACAUCGGCGAAGUGCGCGAGACCUCGUGGGACCACAUUUUCGAGCGGACAAAGGGCCCUUAUGAGCUCAGCCUGAAGGAAAACGGCUGCAUCAUCUUCAUCAGCGGCCUCGAGGAUGACACACUACUCGUCUGCAGUAAGCACUCGACAGGAGACCGCUCCGACGUCGCCGUCAGCCAUGCCAACGUGGGAGAGCGACACCUCGAGCGGCAGCUUCAGCGUAUCGGCAAGACCAAGCAGGACUUGGCCCGGGAACUGAGGAAGCGGAACGCGACUGCCGUCGCCGAGCUCUGCGAUGACAGCUUCGAGGAGCACAUUCUAGCCUACGGCCCGGAUAAGGCCGGGCUUUACCUCCACGGGAUCAACAUUAACAUCCCUGGCUUCAUGACAUAUCCUUCCCCUCUCGUUCAGAAGUUCGCCGACGACUGGGGCUUCAUCAAGACGGGCCUGAUCAUAAUAGACGACGUUCAAACUGUCAAGGCCUUCCUGGAGGAGGUAGCAGAGACAGGUGCCCAUGAUGGCCGGGAUGUUGAAGGCUUUGUCAUUCGCUGCAAGAUGACUACCAACCCGGGCGUGGCCCCGUAUCAAGACUGGUUCUUCAAGUACAAGUUUGAGGAGCCGUACUUGAUGUAUCGUCAGUGGCGAGAGGCAACCAAGGCGCUCAUCGGGGGCAAGCAGUUCAAGCUCAGGAAACACGUCAAGAUCACCGAGGAGUACCUGCUUUACGUCCGAAAACGUCUUGCCGCCGACCGAACCUUGGGCAAGGCCUAUCUGCAAAACCACGGCAUCAUCAAGUUGCGCAAUGACUUCUUGGAGUACAAGAACCUGAGGGGAUCUGAUGCUGCCAAUUUGGAAGACCUUGACGGUGGGGCUUCCAGCGUCGAUCGCGAUAUCAUUCUGGUGCCUAUUGCCACAAUCGGCUGUGGCAAGACCACCAUCGGGCUUGCACUUAGCAGCUUAUUUGGCUGGGGUCAUAUUCAGAACGACAACAUUACUGGCCCCAAGCGGCCCCCGCGUUUUACCAGGGCACUCUUGGACGAGUUGGACGAACAUGCAGCCGUAUUUGCCGACCGCAACAAUGCCAUGAAACACGAGAGGAAGCAGCUGAUUAACGAUGUCAAGAUGCAGCAUGCGACGGCCAGACUGGUCGCCCUGAACUUCGUCCAUAAUGACAUCGACAAGAUUCGACAGGUAACCCAAGACCGGGUGCUGGCCCGUGGUGACAACCAUCAGACCAUCCAGGCCGCCACAGAUAUGGGCAAGGUUGUUGGCAUCAUGGAGGGCUUCAUCAAACGGUUUGAGCAUUGCGAUAUCGAGAAGGAGCCCGACGCCGGUUUCGAUGCUGUCAUCGACCUUGAUCCCACUGCAGGCAGCCGAGAGAAUUUGGAGAUUGUCGUCAAGGAGCUACAUCGCCAAUAUCCCAAUUUCGUCAAAGAGAUACCCUCCGCUGAGGACAUGGACAAGGCCAUUCAAGCGGCUCUCGAUGGCUACAAGCCCGACAUGCGGCACAUCAUCCCCGAUCGCUCGCGAAACGACAGCAAAAAGAACAACAAGCAGCAGCAGCAAGCCGCAGAAAAGCCACAAAAGAAGAAACCGCUCGAAUACAUGUCGGUCGACCUCACCACCAACGACAUACUCGCCGCCCUCGAGAAGACCUUCUCCCCCAAUCUUUCCGCAUCCCAAACCCGCUUCUUCAAACAACUCCAGGGUGCCCGCCGCGUCCAGCCCAAAUUUCACGUCACGCUCAUGCACCGCGCCUCGGCCAAGGAGCACCCAGAACUCUGGAAGCGGUACAUGUUCCUCCAGGAAACCGACGGCGCGAUCCACCCGGACGGCAAGCUGGGCGAGCUGCAGGUCCAGCUGGAGCGCGUGGUGUUUGACGACCGCAUCAUGGCCAUCGUCGUGCGCCUCGUGCCCACCAGUCCAGAGGACGAGAACAUUAACGCCGGCGACGUGUCCCUCCCCGCCAAGCCCAAGUGGGAGUGCGUUAACCGGGUGGCUCAUGUCACGGUGGGGACGCGGGACGAUGGCGUCAAGCCCAAAGAGAGCAAUGACCUGCUCGCGCGGUGGUUGAAGGAUGGCAGUGGGGAGAAAACGGGGAUUGGGGAGCUGCUGAUUGAGGGGAAGCCGAUGGUCAAGGGGAUCGUCAGGGGUGUGCUGUCAAAGUAG